UAUAGUAAAUGAAUAGAGGAAAGUUUAAGAUAUUGGCUCUCAUAGUUUUAUUGAUGCUAUUCGUAGCUUUGACGAAGGCUGAUAGUGGAGAAUGUUUAGGAGCUUUUAUGAGCAAUCAGGAAGCUAUAUUGACCAUGGUUAUGGCCACAGGGAAAAAUCUUAAUGACUUUGGAGAUCCUGAUGCUUGUGAAUUAAACCCUUUAACUGACUAUGCAUUGCUUCAUGCAAAAGGAGUUCCAAUCUUUGUAGGAUUGUGCCUCCCUGCAGUGUGACAAGGAGAGGAUCUACAAAUGGUUUCAGAUGUAGUAACUGGUCUUGCAGUUGAUGCAGGAAUGGACGAUCUCGAGUUUAUUGUGACUUUUCCAAACAAAGAAGUUGCCCCAAUAACAGCAGGUCAUAUCAUCAGCUUCAUCGGAUUCUCUAUGAUUUGAGUCUGUUUUGUGAUUGGUAUGUUUGUCGAAUAUACUAAUUUAUUCGGAGCUAUCCCAAAUGAAGGUGAAGACACAUCUGAUUCACUGAAAGAUAAAAAUUUAGUGAACUCUAAAUCAACACUAGGGUUAUUUUUCCUCUCAUUUUCUCCUUCAAGGAAUUUUAAGAAAAUGUUUUAUGCUCCCCAGAAGGAUGAUGAUUAUUUAUCAGUUCUAAACGGGAUUAGAGUAAUCAGUACGUACUUUGUUGUGCUUGGCCAUACAAGCUCUGGAAACUUGAUUGGAGGAGUCUAUAAUAUCUUAACAGCAGAAGAGCUAUUUGGCACUUGGUGGGCAAUCCUGGCUGGGAUAGGCUACUACUCUGUAGAUGUUUUCUUCUUUUUGUCUGCUUUUCUUGCUUCAUAUCUUAUGAUUUCUAAAUUUUCAAAUCCAUCAAGAUGCCAAGAAGGCAGGAGAACCAAAUGCUUUAAUAUUCCGAUGGUGUAUCUACACAGACUAAUCAGAGUUGUGCCAAGCAUAUUGUUGUUCACAGUCAUGAUGCUGACAUUAGCUGAAUUCACAGGCUCAGGGCCUAUUUGGUACAUAACUCUUGACAAUUUCUUCUUAGAGCCAUGAAGGAAGAGCUGGUGGACAAAUAUUGUCUUUAUUACGUCAUGGUAUGAAGGACCUGAAUGUUUGGGUCAGCUAUGGUACCUGGCAGAUGAAAUGACUUUCUUCCUCUUUGUUCCUUUCAUUGUCCUUGCUUAUAUUAACAAGAAGGUUAUAGGAUAUAUUAUCGUAGUUUUCCUAAAUGUUAUAUCGAUAAUACUUCCAUUUAUUUUUUCUCAUAUCAGAGGACACUCAAUGACUACGAUCAAUGACCCAGCUGGAAGAUAUUCCAAGGAGUUAUAUAACCAUCCGUACAAUAGAGGUGGUGCAUAUUUCGUGGGAGUUCUUUUUGGAAUUUUCUAUUAUGAAUGGAACAAAUCAAGAACAAAUCCUUCCUACAAUUUUUCUCUUGGUGCCAGGUUUUAUAACUUCUUUAAAAAGAAUCAUCUCACAUGAGUGGUAUCAUUCUUGGUGUCUUCUAUUGUAAUGAUGUUACUUAUUAUUGCUCCAAGGCUUGAACUUCAUGAUUUAUCAAAGAGACACAUUCCUCAGAUCCCUAGUGACUUCUUCAAUGCAUUCCACAGAAGUGUUUUUGUAGCAGCUCUUGGAUUUUUCCUAGCUCCUUUAUUUGUUGGAAAACUAAGCCUGGUCAGAGGAUUUUUGGGUUCAAAGCUUUGGGCUCCAUGGGCAAAAGUAACAUUCACUGCUUACUUACUCCACGUGCUAGCUCUAGCAUGGGUGUUUGCUCAAUCUAAAGGCUCUCUAGUUGCUACAGGACCCUUAACAGUCUUCUAUUCAUUCCCUGCAUUCUUUGCAACAAUGAUAGUAGGAGUUCCUGUAUCCUUGAUCAUCGAGUCCCCAAUCCUCCAGCUCGAAAAGAACAUCCUCUUCCCUCAAAAACCCAAAAAGUCUACUUUAAAACUUGAAGAUGAACCCUUAAACCAGAAUUAUGAGAUUAAUCCUUCUGAGGUGACCAUGUCCACCUCCAAACUCUCACAUAAAUAGACUGAAAUCUUAAUUUUGAAUUCAA